CUGUAAAUUAUUGGGAAGUCACAACGGCUACUACCUAAAACGGUAACCUCAACGGUCGAAAAUUUUAAAAUUUCUUUCUCUUCUCCGCCUCUCUAAAUCACCACCUUCCUUCUUAUCCUUCUGUGUAGUUCUCCAUAAGCUUUCUAAGCAUUCCCUUCUCUCUCUUACCUCUCUCAUCUCUUCACUAUUAUCUCUAGUGGCUAUACAGGCAAAAGGACGAGAAAAGGGAAAGGGGAUAUUAUUUUUGCUUUCAAAUAUGCUGCAAGACAUGUGGAAUGCUCCUCCUGGUUUCAGACCAACCAAAUCUGCUCCCACCUCACCAGCCAAGCCUCUUGGGGUCUCUAGAAUUCGUUCUGAGUCCUUUCAUGCCAUCCACAAAGUCCCCGUGGGCGACACUCCUUAUGUGAGAGCAAAAAACGUUCAAUUGAUAGAUAAAGAUCCAGAGAAGGCUAUUCCUUUAUUUUGGGCAGCUAUAAAUGCUGGGGAUAGAGUGGAUAGUGCUUUGAAAGAUAUGGCCAUUGUCAUGAAGCAACAGAAUCGGGCUGAGGAAGCCAUUGAAGCCAUCAAGUCAUUACGAAGCAGAUGUUCAGAUCAAGCCCAAGAGUCCCUUGACAAUAUUCUUUUGGAUCUUUACAAGAGAUGUGGAAGAUUGGAUGACCAAAUAGCAUUGUUGAAACGCAAGCUGUACUUGAUUCAACAAGGGCUUGCCUUCAACGGAAAACGCACAAAGACUGCCAGGUCGCAAGGGAAAAAAUUUCAGGUCUCUGUGGAACAAGAAGCAACACGGCUACUGGGGAAUUUGGGAUGGGCAUUGAUGCAGCAAAACAACUACGUUGAAGCAGAAGAUGCCUAUCGUCGGGCACUUUCUAUUGCACCUGAUAACAAUAAAAUGUGCAAUCUUGGUAUAUGCUUGAUGAAGCAGGGAAGAAUUACAGAGGCUAAAGAGACACUGAGACGAGUGAAACCAGCGGUUGCAGAUGGCCCAAGGGGUGUUGAUUCCCAUCUCAAAGCCUAUGAAAGGGCACAGCAGAUGCUCAAUGAUCUUGAAUCGGAAAUGAUGAACAAGGGAGGAGACCGGGUUGAACAGAGUAGGCUCUUUGAUUCGUUUCUUGGUUCUUCGUCCAUUUGGCAGCCACAGCCUUGCCAUGAUCAUAAAAUUUUGCCAAUGUCAAAUGCAAGCAAAUUUCAAGACGAUUUUGGCGAUGAAAACGUUGACUCGAAUAUAGUAACAACCCAGGCGGUGCUUCCACAGCAAAAAAGUAUCAAACAGUCUGCUCUUUUUGGGAAUUCACUGAACGUGGAUGCACCUCCUUUUUAUUCCUUGAAAACGGUGAAAGAGCCAACUGGGAAUCAAUUCCAUGAGACCCUUAAGAGAACAAGAUCAGGAAAUGCUACUAAUUCAAAAAGAGGAAAUGAAAUGGGGGUGGUCAAUAUGUCAUCGGUGGAGCCGGACAAGCCUGAGACCAAGUCGAGAAGGCUAUCUGACGAAACAGAGGAGAGAUUGUCCGAGUUGUUGCCAGACAACAAGGACUUUGAGGAUGCCAUUCUUGCAGCAGUUCUGGGUCCAGCAAAUGAAACAGGGAAGCCGGUAGAAACUGUGACAACCACUAUCUUUCAGACGAAAAUUGAAAAGAGGCUAAAGGUUUUCCAGGACAUUACACUUUCUCUCAGCCCAAGAGCCUAGCCUGACUGAAGUCUAAUCCACCUUAGCUAAUUAUAAAUCGUAAAAAUUUCUAGGAUGGAGAUGAACUUGUUCUCCUUGACCCUAGUUCCUGUAGGAGUAAGCUGUGGGGUUUCCUCAAGCAAAUUGCUUCUAUUUAUUUGUGUGAGCCAAUAAGAGCAUGUAUUAUUUAACCCUUUUAUUUAUCUUAUGAAACAAUAAGGAAGAUUUCUCCGUGCUA